UUUUGCUCCUUCUCCUGCUUCUCCUCCUCCUCCUUCUUCGUUUUCUUCUUCCUCCUCCCGAGAUUCCCUCUGUAUCAUUCCACUUUUCCGCGCCUAUCUGGAACAGAGAGCCGGCUUGGUUGAGAUUUCUGAACGUGCUGCAUCGCGCCCCCGCCUCCCCACCCCGGGUGGCGUGGAAACAGCCCUGAUUGCAUACUCUGCAUAUCGCAGACUGUAAGCGCGAGCUGGCUCGCCUGCUUUCGCCCGCUCUCGCUCUCUCUCUCUCUCACUCCCUCUUCUCCCUCUCCCCUCUCCCUUGUAUGUGUCUCUCUUGUAGGACUGGCUAUGGCCACCACUACUUCCGGGUUCCGUCAUUUCAUUCUCCCGCCGAUCAGCGCCGCAAAACUGAGCCUCUUCUAUAAGCCAGCCAGCAGCCAACCUGCCAACACUUACUGACACUCACUCAUCUCAGAGGGAGAGGUGAAGAGGGAGACAAAUACCUACCAGGAGGGGGAAAGAAAAAACAACAACAACGCGCGCGCACACACACUCACCCAACCACGCACAUACACACGCACACAAAAAGAACGGAGGAAGUCCACGUUUUGCAAACUAUUCCAUUUUUCUUCGCAUCCUACCCCACCCUCCCCCUCCCGGUAGUUUUUUUUUUUAAAGAAACUAUAGCUUUCCUACAAGCAAAAUCCCAAACGCGGACUUACUGAGAGAAGAAUCCGAGGUUAAAAGAUUCCUCUUUUCUUCUUCUUCUUCUUCUUCACCAUCAGCCAUCAUUCAUUCACUACCUUGACAUUCCAUGGCUUUGAUUGACAGCUGGAGUGGCAAAAAGCCAUGAGACACGACAGUUUGGUUACAUGUGGGUUGCUGACGGGCCGAUCGUAACCUUCAGUGUGGGGCUUGGCGACUUUUAUGUUUAUUUUUUUUUUAGACACCAUCAUAUUUUUUUUUACGUAAAAGAAGAAAAAAGGAAAGACACAGAAAAGGGAAAUAAAGAAGAGCACGCUGGGGAAACAGACAAACUCUACGUGGUUUAUUUUUCCCUACUUUUUAUUGUUAUAACGAUUGUCUUUAUGAAUAUUUACGCGUAUUGGAGAACUCUAUAAGUGGGUCGGAGAAACAAGGGAAAAGGGAUUUUUUUUUCUUCCUUUCCUUCUUCUUCAGUCACUUUGUUGGUGUUGUUACUGGACUGGGAUAUUAAAUAUAGGACACAUCCCGGAGUUUAUUGGAGCGCAGACUGAUGGCGCAAAGGUACGAUGAGCUGCCUCAUUACGGCGGGAUGGACGGAGUAGGGGUACCUGCUUCCAUGUAUGGAGACCCUCACGCCCCCAGGCCGAUCCCCCCAGUACACCAUUUGAACCACGGGCCGCCACUGCAUGCCAGCCAGCAUUAUGGAGCCCAUGCCCCGCACCCCAAUGUCAUGCCGGCCAAUGGAUCGGCUGUCAAUGACGCCUUGAAGCGGGACAAGGAUGCAAUUUAUGGGUAGGCACCCGUUGUUCCUCUGUUAGCUCUGGUCUGAAAGUGCGAGCUCGCCACCUGCACUCCCCGAGAGCCCGGAGUGGCCGGCGGAGACGUCUGCUCCUCCGACUCCUUCAAUGAGGACAUCGCCGUCUUCGCUAAACAGGUUCGGGCAGAAAAACCACUUUUUUCUUCAAAUCCAGAAUUGGAUAAUUUGAUGAUACAAGCGAUACAAGUUUUAAGGUUUCACCUUUUGGAAUUAGAAAAGGUUCAUGAAUUGUGUGAUAAUUUCUGUCAUCGGUACAUUAGCUGUCUUAAAGGCAAAAUGCCCAUAGACCUAGUUAUUGAUGAAAGAGAUGGCAGCUCCAAAUCUGACCAUGAAGAACUCUCAGGAUCAUCCACAAAUUUAGCUGACCAUAAUCCUUCCUCUUGGAGAGAUCAUGAUGAUGCAACGUCAACGCACUCAGCAGGCACACCAGGGCCUUCCAGUGGGGGCCAUGCUUCCCAGAGUGGAGACAACAGCAGUGAGCAAGGGGAUGGUUUAGACAACAGUGUAGCUUCUCCCGGCACAGGUGAUGAUGAUGAUCCAGACAAGGAUAAAAAGCGUCAAAAGAAAAGAGGAAUCUUCCCUAAAGUAGCAACAAAUAUAAUGAGAGCGUGGCUUUUCCAACAUCUCACACAUCCGUAUCCUUCAGAGGAGCAGAAGAAACAGUUAGCCCAAGACACAGGACUUACAAUUCUACAAGUAAACAACUGGUUUAUUAAUGCCAGAAGAAGAAUAGUACAGCCUAUGAUUGACCAGUCAAAUCGAGCAGGUUUUCUUCUUGAUCCUUCAGUGAGCCAAGGAGCAGCAUAUAGUCCAGAAGGUCAACCCAUGGGAAGCUUUGUAUUGGAUGGUCAGCAACAUAUGGGAAUCCGGCCUGCAGGUUUGCAAGGCAUACCAGGGGACUACAUAUCUCAGGGUGGUCCUAUGGGUAUGAGUAUGACACAAUCAAGUUACACUCCUUCCCAGAUGACCCCUCACCCUACUCAAUUAGAACAUGCCCCAAUCCAUUCAUAUUUGCCAAGUCCCCAUCACCCAGCCAUGAUGAUGCAUGGAGGACCCUUUACCCAUCCUGGAAUGACCAUUUCAGCACACCCCACCAUCUUAAAUUCUAUAGAACCCAAUGUCGGUGGACAGCUUAUGGACAUUCAUGCCCAAAUAGUAUAAAGGAACUCAAGGAAAAAUAUUUUAAAAUUUGUGAACUUUGACCAGAUGUUGACACUUCAUACGCAAUUCCAGACAGCUGUGAUUAUUUUUUACUUUUAUCAUUUUUCAUUAACAACAGAGGACCAAUGGAAACAAGAACGGAAAUACGAAAUCAUGGGCACACUGAAAAGAAUUUAUGUCCAUGUAAAGAUCCUCUGGGAAAAAA